AUGUCUUCCAAGCUUCCAUCACCUCUUCCAUCAUUCAGGCCCGAUUCCCCUGUCAAGAUAACGGACACUCUUCACAAUCUGCCUCCCAAAAAGCCCUCUCAGAGUAAAAUCUGCCCAACAAAUGAUCGGCCACCCAAUUCAAACCCAACCAAAGUUGAAACAGUCAAAAUUGUUUCAAAAGAUAGCGAACCCCCUCGGAAGAAGUUUUGUCCAACAAAAGUAGUCAAACCAACAUCGGCGAAGCCCCAACCUCUCAUAGGAAGCCAACUGAAGAACAGAGCAAGCCUAUCGCAGCAACCUCCUGCCCGUCUCAAAGAAAGCUCUCCGCAGGCACCAUCAACACUCGAUAGCAAUGGGUCAUCAACAUCAAAGCCCCGACCUGGUGUCAUGAAGCUUACUUUGAAGCUCAGACCCGCUCCCGAUCAACCAGAGCCCUCUCCGGAUCAACCCAAGGUACCGACGGUACCAGCAGCUCCCGAAGUCUUGCCGAAGAAGAGGGGCCGCCCGAAGAAGUCAGCAACAGCCCCAGCGAAUGCAAGUCGCUCAGUGAUCCCAACCAGUCAGACUAGUACUAGACGUAGCAGUCAAACAAUUACCAAGAGUUUGGUAUAG